AUGGAGAAGUACGAGCUGGUGAAGGACAUAGGCGUGGGGAAUUUCGGAGUGGCGAGGCUCAUGAAGAUCGAUGAGAAUGUGGUGGUGUUGACUCCGACUCAUCUUGCCAUUGCCAUGGAAUAUGCUGCUGGUGGUGAACUAUUUGAGCGUACCUGCAGUGCUGGAAGUUUCAGUGAAGAUGAGGCGAGAUACUUCUUCCAGCAGCUUAUAUCAAGGAUAAGCAUUGCAGAAAUCAAGAAACACCCAUGGUUCAUGAAGAACUUGCCUAGGGAACUCACGGAGACAGCUCAAGCUGCGUAUUUCAGAAAAGAUAAUCCGACCUUCUCCCUCCAGACCGCUGAAGAGAUCAUGAAGAUAGUGGACGACGCCAAAACGCCCCCGCCUGUUUCCCGGUCCAUUGGAGGUUUUGGCUGGGGAGAUGAAGAGGGGAAAGAGGAAGAAGAGGUGGAUGAAGAGGAGGUGGUGGAGGAUGAGGAAGAUGAGUAUGACAAGACUGUAAAGCAAGUACACGCAAGUGGAGAAGUGAAAAUCACUUGA